AUGGAUCGCCGGCCUCCCAGGAAAAAUACCAACCCGUUUAUUGACAGUACAGAAGACUCUCUCAGUAGCGAGAACAACCCGAAUGUCCGCCCCGUGAACUUAAACAAUUAUGACUUUGGAAUGCAUCAAGGGGUAGGAGCCACCGAAGGAAGUGGUUUCAACACUAAUGUGGGUUACAACAUGGACUUUAACUCUUCCCCUAACGCGUUUCCCAAUGCUGCCCCUAACGCGGUUCCUAAUGCUUCCCCUAACGCGGUUCCUAAUGCUGCCCCUAACGCUGCCCCUAACGCUGUUCCCAAUUAUGGAUUCAACUACGGAUCCAUCUUCGAUGCGCCGUGCAUGGAGAACUUCAGAUCCCAGUUGGGCGCAAUGGGCUGUGCGCAGGGGAACAUGGCUCCGUGCUUAACGGACAACAACAGCAUGCUCUACUUCAUGCAAGCAGUGGCCUUCGCGACGGCGGUUUUUCUGAAUGUGGUUUUCCUGAACAGACACAUGCUGAAGCGAAACAUCACGAAGAGCGAAUUUGAAGCAGCCUUGUUAGGUAACCUUUCCAGGGAAGGGAGCCCCAGUUUAGAGUAUCAGAGAGCGAAAGAAAGGUCGUACUCCCCAGUUCACAGUGAAGGGAGCGUUGAUUACAGCGAAACGUAUCCACUGUUGGGUGAGGAUGACUAUGAGCCUUUGUCCCCAGUAGAAGAUAAUAUAGACCUUUUCGAAGAAGAUGCUGGGAGAUUCUCUCCUGAAGGAGAGUAUCGACCACAAGAAGCAGAAAUACAAAAUUUAAUGAACAUGUCUUAUGAGAACCCACCAGAUAGAUACCUAUCGAACCCAUUCGAUGAUUUGAGCAACCAAGUGGCAGCUGACAGCGGGGCACCGAGGCCAACAUACCAGCCACCAAAUUAUGGAGAAAUAUAUGAAGGAGCUCAGUUUGCAGAUAAAUACCACAUGUCCAAUAGCAACUCUUAUUUCUUCAAUGACAAUGGUAACAACGCCAAUAGGAAUGCUAACUCGCAGAAUAAUAAUUAUGGUUAUGCACAUGCACCGUAUGCUGACAUUUUCAGACACCCAAAUUAUGCGAACAUGUAUCGAGCUACUAACCACACCAAUGGUACGUUCUUGAAUGGAAGGAAUGACAAUAACGUGAGAAAUACUACUUUUAAUUUUUCAAAUAAUUCUGCGAGUGGUGUCAGUGCUCGCGGUGCCAGUUCUUACGGGGCCACUUCUUACGGGGCCAGUGGAGAAGAUAACUUCGCCUUCGGAUAUGAUGAUUCUCAGUUUGCGGACAGCUACCAAGAUAAUAAUUAUGAAAUUACAGAAGAGGAAGAAGUGGACCCAUUUGAAAACCUACGCAUGGAUGACGAAUUCGACUUUGGACGUUAUGCAACGGGAGGUGCAAACACAGGAGGAGCCACUACUUCUACUACCGGUUCAUCUUCCCAAGGAUAUACUCUAGGUGCACACGGAAUCACCAACCAUGGAUUCCAAUUUGAUGAAGGAGAUAAUGAUUUUAGAAAUACAGAAAGGUUCGAGACUUCAUCACCUCCUUCUUCAGGAAACCCAUUUUUGACAGAACCGGUGAGAAGUACUGUGGUAGGAGAUGACACUCUGGGUGAUGAUCUCUCCCCUAAGGAGGAUAACUUUGGAGAAAAAGAAAACAAUGAAGUGAGUGAAAAGAGUGUAGGAAUGGGACACUCCUACAGUAAGGAGGAAGAAGAUGGGAUGAUGUCAGAUGAUGAAGAAGACAGAUAUAGUGAAUAUGAAAAAUACCUAAAUCAACAAUCGAGUAGAAAAGAACAGAAAAAUUAUGAAAACAGAAUGAGAAGCUAUUUGCACAAAUAUAAAAAACUUUCAAAGGGUUCAAAAAAUUUAGAUCUACAAAAUGAAGUUGGCUUAGAUGUUGCUUCCCCACAGGAGGAGUCCCCGGAUGAAAUCUCCCCCGUAGAAGAAGAAAUCUCAACAGAAGAAGAAUCCCCAGUGAAAGAGAAGUACCCAGAAAAAGGGAAACAUAAUGAUGAUUCAUCCUCCAUCGAACCAGAAGAACAUCAUAAGAAGCAGCCCGCAAGCUUUGGCAGUGCUAGAAAAUACGUCCAUGACGAGGGAGAAAACAGUUUAGAUUUCGAAGUGGACUCAGAUGAAGUGGAAAAUUUUAAUGAGACAGGCGAGUUGAAUUAUCACGUUGAGGAGCCCUCGCACCCGGAAGGCCAAUUGGAGACCAUCCCGCUCGACGACGUGGUGGAGGGAGAAGCUCAGGAGGACGGCGAGGCAACAAAACAGGAAGGAGCUGAGGUUAUGGGAGCCAACCAGGACGAAGUUGGAGUGCCCGCAAGCACGGAAGAAGUCGAAGCGGUGAAUGAGGAAGCGCUCGAAAAUGAUGCAGCAGUAAACGGGGAAGAAGCCGAGACGGCCGCAAACGAGGAACAGAUCGAGGCGGUAGAGAAUGUCGCGGGUGAAAAUGAAGCCACGGGAGAGGAGACCCCCAAUGGUGCUGUAGAAGAAAGUGCAAACACCGCUGCAGAAGAAACCACAAACGGUACCGCAACUGAAAACUAA